CAGUUCACCCUUUCAACCUGAUGCGCAUUGCCAUUGGACGUAUCGAGGGUUGGACUCCAGCAGCCUGCAGCCUGUUAUUCAACCGCAGCGUGCGCGUCUGGCCAGUCGUCCCCUCGUUGUGCGCUGGAUAUGGAUCAGGACGCAGCGCGCUUCCCUGCUGUCUCCCGCGGAAAGGCUGCACUCUGCGGCUCAUAAAACAGCUGCACAAAUGAACCACCGACCGCCUGGCUCUUCCGGCGUGCAAUGGCUUAACAGGAGAGACAUGAGUGUCCGGACGGAUGACAGCAUCACCUUGUGCCAAAGGGCUCUCCAUAUCAUUUCGGAACUUUGUCUCACGGGACACGUAGACAGGGAGAAAUGUGCGGAUAUAUUUCCACUGGAGAGCACCAUACCAGGUAAAGGACACGCAGGUAAAUAGAAUAAAGUUGUUUUUUUUUUCAUUUCCUGAAUGCAACUAAAUGAAUCACUUGUGUUUGUUUAAUUGAAAACAAUAAAUAGGCUUAUUAUUGCAACAAGAAGAAAAAAAAUCUUCAAACUUUAUCAGCGUCGUUUAUUGUGUUUGUUUGGGCUGAUGUGAAAGUGUUUCUCUACCUGUUACGCAUCUUGCUGCAGCUCAGGAUGAAGCAGCAACAGGUGGAUAACAGACUGAGGCUAUAUAAGUGAGAAUUAGAACUAUGCCUCUCUCUUGUCUCUCUUUCUUUUUUUCACUUUGAAAUCCGGGGAAUCUAUUCAGUGUUAGUUUGAUUUCCACAUUUUAAACAAUACUUGCUUUGCUUUUUUUUUUUCAAAUUAAGCACAGUCAGUCCAAACUAACAACUUAAAAAAUCGCUUAGAAAAGCAAAAAGCAUCAACAGGAGGGAGACUAAAUGCAUGUUUUCCUCCUAAGUCAUGUAAUUCUCUUGAUGCUGAGGUUUAAUUUGACUUUAUACUGUCCUGCUUUAUCAAACAGGUGCGUAUGCUGCCCCUUCUUUCUUACAGCCUGCCUUUUCUCCUCUUUUCUCUUUCUCCCUUGCAUGUUUGUCCGUCACAUUUUUCCCUUUGCUUGCUUCUCCUUUUCUUUUUCUUUUUUCUCUGUCUCUGUCCACCUCUAUGGGUCCCUCCUCCUCCAUGGUUACAUGUAGACAUCUCUAUUAGUCUGCUUGCUGUGGUCGUGGGUUUCUGUGGCCUCGCCCUGUUGGUAGUAUCUCUCUUUGUCUUUUGGAAGCUGUGCUGGCCCCUCUGGAGGAGCAAGACUCUGACAAACCACGCUGAAAAUGGCCUCCGCGUGGGUUUCCCCGAGGUCCCACAGCCAAACUCCCCUCCGGUUAACGAGUGUAAAGCAUUGGAGGCUGAGAGGAAGUACCCGCUGGAGGUGAAGAUGAAUGGGCGGAGCUCUGUAAAGCUCCUGGAGGCGGCCAUGAAGAUCAGCCAGACGUCUCCAGACAUCCCAGCGGAGGUGCAAACAGCCCUGAGGGAGAAGCUGAGCCAACAGGCGAAGAUCCAGAGGCAGACCACAGAGCCAACGUCCUCCUCCAGACACAAUUCAUUCCGGCGCCACCUGCCUCGUCAGAUGAAUGUCAACAGCUUUGACUUCAGCAUGGAUACAGUACCUCUUCGGCAAUCUUCAACAGUGAGCAUUGGAAGAAUAAAACCAGAACUCUACAAGCAGAAAUCUGUGGACUCAGAGGGUGAGGAAAAAGAGCCUGUAGAGACUUGUGGGAAGCUCAGCUUCUCACUGCAGUACGACUAUGAGGAACAAUCAUUGGUAGUAAGAAUCCUUAAGGCCUUGGACCUACCUGCUAAAGACUUCACGGGCACCUCCGACCCGUACGUGAAGAUCUACCUGUUACCAGAGAGAAAGAAGAAGUUCCAGACACGAGUCCAUCGCAAGAAUCUGAACCCCACGUUUGAUGAGGCUUUCUGUUUCCCCGUGGCGUAUGAUGAGGUUUGCAACCGCAAGCUGCACUUCAGUGUCUAUGACUUUGACCGCUUCACCAGCCACGAUAUGAUUGGUGAGGUGGUGGUGGACAACCUCUUUGAACUCUCAGAUCUUUCCAGGGAGGCAGUGGUUUGGAAGGAUAUUCAUGCAGCAACUACGGAGAGUGUUGACCUGGGAGAGAUCAUGUACUCGUUGUGCUACCUCCCCACAGCAGGGAGAAUGACCCUAACAGUCAUCAAAUGCAGAAACCUCAAAGCCAUGGACAUCACAGGCUCUUCAGAUCCUUAUGUGAAGGUUUACCUGAUAUGUGAUGGACGAAGACUGAAAAAGCGGAAAACGACAACCAAGAAAAGCACACUUAAUCCAGUAUACAACGAGGCCAUCAUCUUUGACAUCCCCCCAGAGAACGUGGAACAAGUCAGUCUGUCCAUCAUGGUGAUGGAUUAUGAUCGGGUUGGACACAAUGAGGUGAUAGGCGUGUGUCGCACCGGGCCAGAUGCCGAGGGUCUUGGACGGGAUCACUGGAAUGAAAUGUUGGCUUAUCCGCGGAAGCCCAUCACACACUGGCACGCUCUAGGAGAGUGGCCGGGAAGAGCAACAAGCUUUGAGAGUCAAGGUUCGUGCCCUUCGCCCAAACCGCCACAGACGCCUUGAUGGUCCCAGGUAGAGAUAAAACCACCUGUGUAAGAAAUAAGAGUUUAGAGUUUUUAUGAAGCUGUGGUGCCUACCAGUUUCCUGUGAGCAUGUUGUGUUAAAAUUCAUUCAUUUCUUAUAUAUGUUUUAGAAACAAUGCUGUAUUGAAAUUGUUUUUAAUUCGUUCAUCUGAACUCCAACUCUUCUGGCUAUGCACAGCACUUACUGUCUUUUAAAGUUUGUUUUUCAUAUGUUCACUUUGAGACUCCCAGAAAAGCUGUAUUUGCCAAACAUUUACACAGGCAACAGCUUCAUUGCAAGAAGCCUCACUGCCUCGGGAUAUGCCCCAAAAGCUCUUUAGUGAGAUAGCACUUUGAAAGGGUGAACAGUUAAAGUGUUAAAGUGUGAAAAAAUGUCAGGAAAAAACUGACAAGAUACAAAAAAGCCACUGAAUCACUGAUUUAUAGCCAGGUUUGAUAUGAAUGCUGGUAACUGUAUCCUCAAGGGCUGGUUAAAUAUCUUUAAAUUCAGCUGCAGAAACUGUCGUAAAUGUGUCAAAGUAAUUAUUAACCAGCCAUUGUUACAUGCAGACAUCAGGGCUGUCAGAUUUAGAGAACCUGUAGCAGAUACAUGUAGCUAAAAUAUGUACAGAUAUAAAGUACAGUCUCACUUUGUGGGGUCAAAAGUCUUUCAAUAAAUUGUAUGUCAAACCCCUUGAAAAACUUUAAUUCUACGUUGGUUAAUAUUAUGGCUCCACAUUCUACCAUACAUGUUGGUUGGAUUAAGGUCUUUUAAUGGUUGUUACUAAAAAUAUAAAUACAUUUGCCAGUAUUAAAGAAACAUUUUAGAUCGUAGCUUAUAUGAUAGAUAGAUAUAGACCAGCAGGCCUGUAGAAGUUGAUCCUUCUUUAAUCAAUUUGAUUAAAUACCAAAAAUGUAAGGAAUGGAUUUUUUUAAAAUAAAGUAAAAUGGACCAUGGAUAGAGAAAAUGGCCAUAUUUCAAAGUAAGACAUCAUAUUUGAUAACCCAUUAUUAUCUACCUUUAGACAACAGCUACUGCUAGCCAUUGAGCUAGUCCUUUGUUACAUUUGGUUAGCGUACAGUGCAUUUGCUAGGGUACAAAAACUAGUACAUUUUUCAAAACAAAUCAGUAUAUUUGCUAGUUAGCGAGUCCUUUCCAAGUGUAACGCAUAAAACUAUCACACAGUAUUUUUAGCUUACAGCCAUUACCUAGCUAGAUUUACCUACUAAGUGGCUGGAUGCUAACGUAAACUGUUGUCUUACAGUAGCUGGAUUAUCCAAUGUGUUGUUUUAUCUUGACUUUUUUUUUCUACGAAUUGUCUUUCUGAUUGCUGAUCAAUCUGGAAGGGAUGAAUUGAUAAUGGUUGUCUGGUACCUUAGUGCGACUAAAAACCUUGAGCACUCUAGUUGAUCAUUAAAAUAGCUUUUAGCUCCCGACCCUGAGCCUGCACAGAGGAAAGUGGCUCCCUUGAGUUUGUUCCAUUUCUAUUAACUGCCUAAUGUGCCAUGAAAAAAUGGGAAAACUUGACAUCAGUAGCAUCCUUAACUAGAUAAGGAAAAGCCUAGCUAACUCUCAAUUAGCCUAACUAACCAGAAAAUAUAGGCGUAAUAGGGUAAUUUAAGGGCCUGUGUCCACUAACGUCGUUUUUUGCGCUGGCGGCGCUCAAAGCAUUGUUUUUGUUGCUAGGUUGCUAAAAGUGAACUUCCACAUCUCCCGGUAAUAACCGUUAGGUGUGUUUAGAUAGCUCUGUGUGCUUAAUAUUUGCUUUUAUUUAACAAUAUAUAUCACCAAGAAAACAUGCAAAAAAUGUAAAGGAAUGGUGUCCUGGCACAAGCGGCAACUCUAGACCUGUAAAUUGUAUCCUCAAAAAGACGAGCACAGAUAUCAGAAGUCCCACCCCCUCUUCAUUUUGAUUUGUCAUGGAGGGAAAAGUGAUAUUGACGACCUCGGAGCAGUCUCAAAAGUUGAAGUGUUUUCAACUGAGAGUGCUGUGAGCCUAGCGACAAAAAAAACGCUAACGCUGUAUUUUAGCGUUCAGGAGGCUGAGCGCUGAAAACGAUGAUCUGCAUUGCUUUUGUAUGGAAAAUGUGUGGACACAGGCCUUAAUGUAGCCAAACUUUAGUGAACAACAACUUCUCCUCACUCUUUACAAAUUCAGGGACUUAUAAUCCAUAAAAGACAUUACAUAUUAGGAAAUGUUGUGUACAUUUGACGCCAUAUGAAAUUGAUUUGAAUCCAUCUAAAACACAACAUGGACUCAGCUUCAUCUUUCACAUGAGUAAUAAGAAACUAAUAAAAAACAUUAUAGCUAAUAGAAAAUGGCUAUCUACUGUUAUCUAACUUGCACAUUAACAAGCUUUUUCCCCUGCGCUGCCCAAAAUAUGAAAAUGAAAUAUUUUUACUGGUAGCAUGUCUCCCUAUGCUUAAAAAUAUAUACAUAGAAAGAUAUUGUAAAAAAAUAAUAAUAAUUAUAAAAUUUUGAUCUUUGUGUUUACCUUUGUAUAUACUGUCAAUGAAAGUGUUUGUAUAUAUUGAAAAGUGACAUUUAAGAAUCUGUCGUAUACUCAUGGAAAUAGAGACAUCAAAAAUGUAUUUCUAUUGUUUGGUGAUGAUUUGAAGAGCUCAGCCUUGUACUCGAGUGAAAUUUAAACAUGUUCUGUAAUAGUUGUGAACAAUUAGUCAAACUGGAGACCCCAGUGAAGCCAACUCUAACUUGUUAAGCUAUUCCAUGUGUAGGAGUUUAGAGCUUUGAGCUGUAAUCGUUUGUAUAUUGGUUGAAUCUAUAUUGAACAAGAACAACUGCAAGAACCGUCCUGAUGUGUACAGUUUGUGAUAACUUUUUGUAACAUUUGGAAUAUUAUUUAGUGUAUCUGUUUCAUAUGUAUUUUAACUAAAUAAAUACAAAUUGAAGAGUAACA